CCGAGAAGGCUUGUCUAGUUUUGUCGCGGUGACUUUGACCAGAUGAUUCCAUUGUCCCGUUAUAUGCCAUCAGUCUUUCCUUCUCUGCAGUUCUCAUAUUAUUUACCUCUCUUUGCUCUCCAAACUCUGCUCCUCUUAAGUUCUCCCGCCCAGCAACUGAAAUUUCUCCACUGAAUGUGGCCUCAGAAAAUUGAUCGCCUUCAGACACGAAUUGAUCUUUCGUUUGGAGUUCUUGAAUCCUCAGUAAACGAAGAGAUCGGUCUUGAAACUCCGGAGCUUCUUUGGUCCAUUUUUCCGGAUCCCUGUCAGCUUCUGCACUUUUCUUCUGAAUGUUUUGCUGGAACUUGGUCUCGUAUACUUCUGUGUGCCUUCUCUCAUUGUGAUCGGAAUCGACAGACGUUGAUAACUUUACUGCCUUCCCUAUCAUCUUAAACUCCAAAGAAGAAGUACUGCUCUUUAAGGACGUGGCACCCAUCAAGAAGUAGUUGGUACUGAUCUGGUUUGUCUCCCAAGGUGUCGAACUUGGAGUCUGCUGAUUUGCCUCAUGUGCUUUCUUUGAAUUAUGUGGUGGAAGUAGACUCUUCUGUGCUCCUUUAGAUUUUCUCGAUGUCAAAGAAUCACUUUCAGAUGUGUUUGAAUCGAGGUAAUCCUUGUCAGCUCUCUCUUUGCAAGAUUUACUUGUUUUUUCCACUUUUUGGGCGCCUGGCAUCCUCAUCUGCUUUUUGUCGGAAGAUGAUGAACAGAUGUUUGUACCACUUGAAUCUCCUCCCUCGCCACGUGGAUAAUUUAAACUAGUCUUUUUUCCAGCAAUCUCGCGAUUGUCUUCUUGAUGCAUUCGAACUUUCUCAGUAUUCCUCUCACAGGGAGAAAGGUUGCUUGUAAUGUUAGCUUCUUGGGUCAGGACAGUUUUAUCUGAGUCGGGCCAAGUCUGAGUUAGGGAACAAACUUUGGCUCGGAUGGUGUUUUCACACGGACUGAGGUGUCGCGCUACCAUUUCAGCAAAACUCUUCUUUAAUUUCUCGCUUGGUUCCUGGCAAAGUGAAAGAAAUCCUUAGAGAUUCUACUGGAGUCAAACUGUACUGCAGAGCCCAGCCCAGCCGUUUUGUACAAAACGAUAGCAGAUCACAAAUAACAUCAGAUUGAUACGAGGCGUGCAUAAAUGUGUCUGAAGGCUAUAACGACGACGUACCCCUUCUAAAGAGCUCACUGACUGUGAAAUUCUCAAACCACCUCCAGGAUUACAGGAGUUCAACGCGACUGCUCCAGAUAUAUCCACACCUUGAGGGUUCGUCAGGCUGGGAGAAUACCUGGAACACAUGUGGGUCGCAAUCUGUGAGCGCAGCGAAUAGUGGUGGAGCCGUUCCAAUUCCAAGGCUGAACACAUGAAAAAAAUCAGUGGAGUUCGAUUAGCUUCCGUCCAAUCCUGUAGAAGAGGCAAUUCAAUGGGAGAUGGUUGUACAGGACGGCCAAG